UCCCCCCAAAUAAAAGCAAAGUCAGAUCUCACGAUUUCCCCCAUCUCCUUCUCGUAGGAACGGGAGAGAAAACGCCAUGAGAUCACCGACGAUGUUGCUUCCCUUCCUCAUCGGAGCUCUCCUCUUCUCCGGCAUCGAACAUGUCAGAUCCGACGCUUCCGACCACCGUUACAAGGAAGGCGACUCCGUUCCUCUCUAUGCCAACAAGGUCGGACCAUUUCACAAUCCGAGUGAAACGUACAGAUAUUUCGAUCUGCCCUUCUGCGUUCCAGACGGUGUGAAAGAGAAGAAGGAAGCUCUUGGUGAGGUUCUGAAUGGUGAUCGGCUUGUUAGUGCUCCAUACAAACUCAACUUCAGAGAGGAAAAAGACUCUGAGGUGUACUGCAGCAAGAAGCUUAGCAAAGAUGAAGUCAAACAGUUCCGGAGGGCUGUCGAAAAAGACUACUAUUUCCAAAUGUACUAUGAUGAUUUGCCUAUCUGGGGUUUCAUUGGAAAGGUUGACAAGGAGGGCAAGGCUGAUCCGAGCGAGUUCAAAUACUUCCUCUACAAGCACAUCCAAUUUGAGAUUCUCUACAACAAGUACCGUGUUAUUGAAAUCAGUGCCAGGAUGGAUCCUCAUUCCCUAGUGGACCUCACCGAGGACAAGGAAGUUGAUGCAGAGUUUAUGUACACUGUCAAGUGGAAGGAAACAGAGACUCCAUUUGAGAAAAGAAUGGAGAAGUACUCCAUGUCUUCAUCCCUUCCACAUCACUUGGAAAUUCAUUGGUUCUCCAUCAUAAACUCUUGUGUCACUGUCCUCCUUUUGACUGGUUUCCUCGCAACUAUCUUGAUGCGUGUCCUCAAGAAUGAUUUCAUGAAGUAUGCCCAAGAUGAGGAAGCUGCUGAUGAUCAAGAGGAAACCGGAUGGAAGUACAUUCACGGUGAUGUGUUUCGAUUCCCGAAGCAAAAAUCUCUGUUUUCAGCAUGUCUCGGCAGUGGUACCCAACUGUUCACUCUCACUGUCUUCAUUUUCAUGCUUGCUCUUGUUGGGGUGUUCUAUCCAUACAAUCGUGGAGCACUCUUCACUGCUUUGGUCGUCAUUUAUGCUCUCACAUCUGGAAUUGCUGGCUAUACUGCCGCUUCAUUCUAUGGUCAACUCGAAGGAAAGAACUGGGUGAGGAACUUAUUGCUGACCGGAUGCCUCUUCUGUGGCCCUCUGUUCCUGACCUUCUGUUUCCUGAACACAGUUGCCAUUGCCUACAGUGCAACCGCCGCUCUCCCCUUUGGAACCAUCGUGGUGAUCGUACUCAUAUGGACACUUGUCACAUCUCCAUUGCUCGUGUUGGGUGGCAUUGCCGGAAAAAACAGCAAAACCGAGUUCCAAGCGCCAUGCCGUACAACAAAGUACCCAAGGGAGAUCCCUCAACUCCCAUGGUACAGGAGCGCCAUUCCUCAGAUGGCAAUGGCGGGUUUCCUCCCAUUCAGUGCGAUAUACAUAGAACUGUACUACAUCUUUGCCAGCGUAUGGGGACACAGGAUCUACACCAUAUACAGCAUAUUGUUCAUCGUCUUCAUCAUCCUUCUGAUCGUCACAGCUUUUAUAACGGUGGCCCUCACGUAUUUCCAGCUAGCUGCUGAAGACCACGAAUGGUGGUGGAGGUCAUUCGUAUGCGGGGGAUCGACGGGAGUGUUUAUAUACGCGUACUGCUUGUACUAUUACUACGCGAGAUCAGACAUGUCGGGAUUCAUGCAAACGUCGUUCUUCUUCGGGUACAUGGCGUGCAUCUGCUACGGCUUCUUCCUGAUGCUCGGUACCGUUGGCUUCCGGGCUGCCCUCCUCUUUGUCCGCCACAUCUACCGCUCCAUCAAAUGCGAGUAAAGCAUCCCUUGCCUUUCCCCCUAUAUAUUUUCUUCUGCCUUUUUUUGGUUACGUUUUUUUGUUAGGAACAUGAAAGAAAGAAAAAAGGAUGCUUUAGGUAGAAGGAAAGAAACCACUUAUCAACAUCGUCCGGAACAUGGCAAGGUGGGGUUUCUCAGGUUUUUCACGCAACUUAUUUAAAUUUUGUUGCUAAUUAGACGGAUCUGUGUUAGGGUUAAUCACUUGUAUCCCUUUUUUUUUUUGUUUUACGUAAAAUACAAUGAACCAUUUAUUUAAUGUGUUUUCUUUUUGUAUCUAAUAAAUGUCAACACUCCUCCGGCUUCACCUUA